CCCUUACUAAUCUUAUACUUUUGCCUUCCAUUAAUGGUAAAAUAGUCUCCGUAAUAAUCUUAAUUCCCAUUUCUAUAAUUCUUAAUUUUUCCCCUUCAGAGCUCAUUUACGUUUGCGGUUGCGCUGCGUAGCUGCACACAGUCUCUCUCUCUGUCCUCCAUUGAAGCGCUCUCUGAGUUCUCCGUUGAGGCGGCUUGUUAGCUUUCUCUCCUCCAUUGAAGCAGCAUCUAAGUUAUUAUACAGGAGAUUGUCUUAUAAAAAAUCAUUUUAAAUAUUGAUGGAUCGUUCACCACAUGAUUAUGCUGCUAUGGCAUUUGCUCAGCAACAGCAACAAGCAGCUAAUUUGCCAGGACAACAGUAUGGAUUCCCUCCACAGCAUCAACAGUUUCCCCCUUCAGUUCACGGUCCUCCUUUUCUACCUCCUCCUCCAUCUGUCCAACAAUUUCCUUACCAACAUCAGCAACAUCCUCAACAAAUCCAUCCUCCUCACUCUCAUCUUCUUCAUCUUCAGCAGCAACAACAGCCUCCACCACCUUUUCCUCCUCAUAUGCCUCCUCACAUGGUACCAUCUCCUUUUCCUGGAGGACCAUAUGACUCUGCCCCACCCCCAGCUCCUCCUCCUCAAGAUCCUGAAAUGCGAAAGCGUAUUGACAAGCUAGUUGAGUACGUUGCCAAAAAUGGCCCAGGAUUCGAAGCGAUGGUUUGUGAGAAAGAACAUAAAAACCCAGAGUAUAGUUUCUUGUUUGGCGGUGAGGGUCAUGGAUACUAUCGCUAUAAGCUGUUUUUGUUUACUCGAUCUCCUGAUCCUUUUGGUGCCCCUUUUCCCCCUUCUAUGCCUGGGAUUCAUCCACCUUCUAUGAAUCCUAGUGCAGUUUCUGGUCCAGUGAUGGGCCCACCUCAGAUGCACCAACCGCCUUUCCCUCAUUAUGAUCAGCAACAGCCCUAUUCUCAGCCUUACAUGGGUGAUGGUCGAAUGGAUUAUGACCAACCACCCAAGUCAUUUAGAGGUCUUUCAGGUCCACUUCCUUCUGAUAUUGCAAUGGAGUUGAACAAUGUGCUUGUCAACCUCACUGGUACCAAGGAGUCGAUUAAAGGUGCUAAAGCAUGGUUUAUGCAGAGAUCGCCUUUUGCUCCUGCUCUAGCUGAAGCGUUGAGAGAUAGAGUCUUCACUUUAGAAGAUUCUGAGAAGCUAUUGCACAUUAUUUACCUUGCAAAUGAUAUUCUCUUUGACAGCUUCCAGCGACGUGCCAAUCCUAACGAACUUGAUAAUGAGGCCCUUGCAUUCAAACCCGUUCUGGGCUCCAUGCUGGCAAGAAUUUACCAUCACCCACAAAAUAAGGAAGAAAACCAGUCACGGUUGCAAAAAAUAUUGCAAUUUUGGGCUUCAAAAGAAGUUUAUGAUCAAGAAACUAUCCAUGUGCUCGAGGGAGAGAUGACUGGAGGACCACCGGCUAGUUCAUUUUUUGGGCCUCCCAAAGAGCUGCAUGGUUCAUCAGCCGAUCCUUCAAGUUCUGGGGGGAUACCUCACCAAACAGCAAUCAGUAACCUUCAGUGGCAGCAGGACAAACACAGCAUACUAAACCAAGAUCAGCCUGAUAGACAUGGCUUUGGAGGUCAGCCAUUCCUUCCACACACUGUCACACCUGGUGGUUUUCCAGGAUCUGUUCCUUUACCUUCGGCAGUUCCACCUGUAAAUCAGCUUCCUACCCCACUUGCACCACAGCCAUCUGCUAUUAAUGUCGGCGACAAGGUACCACCAUACCCUUUGUUCCCUCCCGGUCUUAUACCUGGAAUGGUAAAAAAACAGCAGGUUGGAAGUGGUGUACCUUAUUCUCCGAUGAGCCCUCUUGAAAUCCCAACUGUCAUACCAUCAUCUGAUGUUCCAGAAUCUGAUAUCUUGGAGAGAGUGUCUAAAUAUUUUAAGGAGAUUGGAGAGGUCAACCCUUCUGAAGGGCCGAUGAGUGGGUCUGAAGCAAGAUAUGAUGAUGACUAUCAAAGAGAUUCUCCAGUCCGCAAGGGAGGAGCUUGCAUCCCUCCACCACCGAAUCUGCAAUCAGAUGCAGGAAGAGAGACAGAAUCGGGUUCAUUUAGCUCUGGAAGAUUAGGUCUUGGAGCCACUGCAAAUCCAAAUGAAGCAAGUCAAUAUGAUGAUGUGUAUACUAGUUAUCGCAAACAGAGAAGCUCUAAUUACCAUGUGUCAAUGAGUACUAGAACAGGAACACGGUAGUAAAGCAUAAUACACAAUUUUGUGCUUUGUGAGCUAAAGUACCAGAUACAAAAAGCUUAUCUAUCUUGUAUGACUUAAUGUUUAUUCUUGGUUUGAGUUUUGAAAAGCCUUAACGUAGUGUUUAGAUACAAGGAUUUAAUAUCUGUAGAAAUAUCUCCUUUCAAACGCCAUUUCCAGCGCAACUUUUUAAUAAAAAGAUCAUAACUCAAUUUCCUAUCAAA